UGGAGCAAUAUAUACAUACACGACUCUGUAUCGUAUUAUGAUAUUUACUCGCCCAGCUCCUCAAUUUGUUUCCUGCAGUUCUUGCUGUUUAGGUCGUUGUAUCGUGUCCAACUUGCUGCUUACAGGAUGCAGGCAUCACGUGCUAGACUGUUCAAAGAAUAUAAAGAGGUGCAGCGGGAGAAAUCCGCUGACCCUGAUAUCCAACUUGUUUGUGAUGAUUCCAACAUAUUUAAAUGGACUGCUCUUAUCAAGGGCCCUUCAGAAACUCCUUAUGAAGCUGGCAUUUUCCAGCUUGCUUUCUCAGUUCCUGAGCAAUACCCUCUGCAGCCACCUCAAGUGCGAUUCCUAACAAAAAUAUUUCAUCCUAAUGUGCACUUCAAGACUGGAGAGAUUUGUCUUGAUAUCUUAAAGAAUGCCUGGAGCCCAGCUUGGACACUACAAUCUGUUUGUAGGGCCAUAAUUGCUCUGAUGGCCCACCCAGAACCUGACAGUCCGCUAAAUUGUGAUUCUGGCAAUCUUCUCCGUUCUGGUGAUAUCAGAGGAUUUCAAUCUAUGGCAAGGAUGUAUACUAACCUUGCAGCAAUGCCAAAGAAAGGAUGAGCAGAUAUUGGCUUCUUCAUUGCCCUUGGUCAUCCUUAUUUAACCCAUUUCGGUCAAAAGUAUUUCGAUGUGAUUAAAUUUGUAACUUAUGCUUUCUUCGUCUUAUUAAUUGGUCUCAGGACUCGGAACGUAAUUUUACUGUGUAUAAUUGACUUGUAAUGAUGCCAAGUUAUACUAGUAUUUAAAAUUGUUUGUCUUGUUUGUUAUUAGAAUUCCUUUUUUAUUUACUAAAUAAAGAGCAGCACAUUCUCA